CAGCAGAGCGGCAGCAGCAGGUGAAAGCGUCAACGGCGACUGCGACUGCAACAGCGACAGCGACGCCUUGUGUUGAAUUCAAGGCUAUUUUUUGGGGCACAACUGUUUCGAUUAAUUGAAAAAUUGAAAAAUAAAAAACAUGGCCACUGUGGCACACGGUUGCAGCAGUCCGCGGCAGCGUUCGUGCAACGGCAGCAGCUCACCUGGCGGCCAUCACAACUCCACACCCGCCAUGUACACCACCAUGCCCAAGUACAGCCGAGCUGCCAGUCAAACUCAAUAUGCCACCAGUCAGCAGGUCUUUGGUGGUGCUGUUGCCACCGGUUCCGGUGGCAUGCCCAGCGUGGAGAGUCAGUAUAAUGGUCAUGCUGGUGGCUUGUACAUGUCCGGUGGCGCCAUGUCACAGCGACCGCUGUCGGCGUCGGCGUUGCCCGAAACGGCAGCCGGUUGCCGCAACUAUUGGAGUCAGAGUCAAGGUCACGGCGGUGGACACGGCUCGUUUUACAGGCACUACAACUACAACAAACGCAAGUCGGCCGUGGAAUUGUUGGCGGAGUCGAAACCCUUCUACAUCAAGUCGGAUGCGGUCUUUGAGAGAUUACAGCAGUCGGGUUAUCGCACCGCAGCCGCUGCUGGCGGCAAUGGCGUCGCAGCUGGCGUUAAACGUGGCCGUCGUCCGGAGGAGGGACACUAUAGGGAGGCACACUCCGCCUACGAUGAGCUGGAGGACAGACGCUACAUGAGUCUGACACGACAGCAGCAGGCGCAGGUGCAGCAGCAGUACAGCAUGCACAAUCAUCACCAGCAUCAGCAUCAUCAUCAUAGGCAUAAUCCCGGUCAGUCGCAGUCCCAGUCACAUGGCUUGCCCAGGGAACGCUCUGGUUCCGCCGUGAACAACAAUCUGCUGCAGCACAAGCUGCGCCUGCUGCUCGGCUCGGAGGCGGCCAAGGAUCGCAGCGGUGGCAGCAGCCUGAGACGUCACGAGGACAACAGCGAUCGUGAUCUGCUGCCAGCGGAUUACGGGGAGGAGGAGAGCAGCGCCUUGAGAAUUCCGCCGCCACUUUAUCUGCCAGCCCAUGCCUUUGGCAGGGACUCCGCCUACGCGGCAUAUCCCAGUGAGCCGACCAGCGGCGGCGAGGAGCCUCUGGUGCUCACCGAGAACUACCGACCGAUAAGUCCGCCGGCUGAAUAUGCAGCCAAGUCAAGUCAGGCGCACAACGAGCGCUACAGGUACAACUAUCAGCGCUCCUAUUCGCACUCGCAUGAGGUGGCCAAUCCGGAUGAGCGUGCUCCAUACACUGCCGGCGACUUCAACAUCAAUAGCCACAAAUCUCUGCCGGAUCUGCACACGCAGAUCAGUCGUCACUCGCCGCACAGCGAGAUUUUGAGCUGUUGCAGUCGCGGCAAUCGUUCCAUCAAAUCCGCCGGCGAGUCAUCCAUCAAUCGUGACUCCGGCGGCAGUUCGGGACACUAUACGCAUCGCAGCGAGCCGUGUUAUAAGCGGCAGCGGGAGACGAAUCCGGGCACUGCCAGUGGCACCAUCAAGAACUGUUGCAACCUGGUGGCUGCCACACGGCGGGACAGUGGCUCCUCCACGCAGCACAGCGCCAACUCGUACUGUGGCUAUGUGACGCCAGCUGGCGGGGAUUAUCCGCCACUCCAUGGACGCAACACGGACUGCAUUGACUGCCGUUGCAAGCAGGAUACGGGCGGUGGUCCGUUGGUGGGUGGCAACACCUUGACGGGCUACGAUAAUGCAGCUGCCGAUUAUUUGCUCAAUUUCACACCCACUCCGGAGGUGCCAGAGGCAUUCCAGGAUGAUUAUACGCCGACGCCGCCAUCGCCGCGUUUGAAGACGCAGACGCCACGUUAUUCGAGCUCAUCCAGUCAGCAGCUGCACACGAGUUCCCAGGGCUACACGAGCAUCAACCACUCGCAGAGCUCGCUGGUGCAGAGUCCCGGCUCGGCGCCAUCUGUGGAUGACAUAAGUCCGCCGCCCAUACAAUUCAAACGGCAGCGUUGCAUUCGCUUCAAGAAUCGCAAUCGACUUCCGGUCCAGCCGCGCACCUCGCCCAUCAACAACACCGUGGAGUGUCUCAGUGGAGGAGGCGGAGGCGGAGUGGGAGGCGGAGGAGGUGGCUCUGCGGGCUACAAGCGCAGCAGCAUGGAGCACGAGAAUGUGUUCUUUCCCAAAGGUUUCUCAGCGGACGGUUAUGCCAUGUCGCAAUCCCAUAAUCUGGAGAUGGAGAGAGAAGCACUCAAUGCCAGCAUUUCGGAGCUGGAGAAGUUCUUUGAUCGUCUGGGCCUCAAUGAUGAGGCAUUCCAUGAGAUCUACAGUCAUCCGAGGCGUCGUCACAAUCCCGAAACCGAUUCGGAUGAUUCCAGCACCGUAUUCUUCUCGGACGUCAGCACUGUGGACUCAAUGCGUUUGCCGGACAGCACGGAGACACAACCGCAAACCACACAACCGUAUCGGCCGUCGGAGCCACCAUCGAUUGUGGAGCGCAAUGCUAGAAUCAUCAAAUGGCUGUGCAACUGCAAAAAGAUGCAGUGCACCUGAGGAUGACCAACUCCAUGACCAUGACCAUGACCAUGUCGUAAUUGUAGCCGGCAAUAGCCGUAACUUUCACAUACUGUUCGAUUUUGUCUACCCUCCCGAUCAGUCGAUCAAUCGAUCAAUCAAUCGAUCAAUCAAUGAUCAAUCAAUCGGUCA